GUUAAAACCGUCGGACGGUCAGAGAAGUCUGACUGAAACACCGGGACAGAACCGCGGACAGCUCUCUGGUGUUCCGGUGUAAAUAGUGACCGUGUUGACUGGUGGCUUCCCGCCGAAUGCGUCCGUGGUUGUCGAGGCUGACCAUGUUGUGCGUGUCCGUGCUGUUGCUUGCUGGUCUCGUCCUCAGCCGUCCGGAUGACAGCAGCAGGUCUGCUCAGAGACUCUCUGUGGAUCACAGACGCUUCGAUUUACGACAGCACCUGGACCCUGAAGUACACAUGAACAUUUCAGAGAUCAUCAGGCGGUGGGGUUACCCUGCAGAGGAGCACGAGGUUGUGACGGAGGACGGGUACAUCCUGACGGUGAACAGGAUCCCUCAGGGCCUGAGGCGUGCUGCAGGUGUGCGCCCGGUCGUCUACCUUCAGCACGGACUGCUGGCGGCGGGCAGUAACUGGAUCACUAACCCCCCUGCCACCGGUCUAGGCUACGUGCUCGCCGACGCAGGAUAUGACGUCUGGUUAGGAAACAGCCGAGGAAACACCUGGUCCAGGAAACACCAGAGCCUUAGACCAGACCAGGAUGAGUACUGGAGGUUCAGCCACGAUGAGAUGGCUCUGAAGGAUCUCCCCACUGCCGUGGACUACAUCCUGAAGGUGACGGGUCAGGAACAGAUCUACUACAUCGGACACUCUCAGGGGACCACCAUAGGAUUCAUGGCGUUCUCCACACUUCCUGAGCUGGCCAGUAAGGUCAAACUGUUCGUGGCGUUGGCUCCCGUAGCGACCGUCGAGUUCACAGAAAGCCCGAUGACCAAACUGUCCGGUCUGCCCGAGUUCCUCAUCUGGGAAGUAUUUGGUAGGAAGGACUUCCUGCCUCAGAGUCACAUGAUCGAGUGGUUUGCAGAACAUGUGUGUGCGAAGAUCCUGCUCAAAGAGCUGUGUGGAAACCUCUUCUUCAUCCUCUGUGGCUUCGACGAGAAAAACCUCAACGUGAGUCGGACUCCGGUCUACACCACCCACUGUCCUGCAGGAACCUCGGUGCAGAACAUGGUCCACUGGGCCCAGGCGGUUCACGCAGGACGGCUGAUGGCCUUUGACUUUGGAACAGCAGGAAACAUGAAACACUACAACCAGUCCACCCCUCCAGAGUACCGGGUCCAGGACAUGAAGGUUCCCACCGCUCUCUUCUCAGGAGGACAGGAUACGCUGGCGGACCCCAAAGAUGUGGCCAUCCUCCUCACCCAGGUGUCUAACCUGGUCUUCCACAGACACAUCGACCACUGGGAUCAUCUGGAUUUUAUCUGGGGUCUGGAUGCUCCGGAGCAGAUGUUUCCCUACAUCCUGAAGCUGCUGCAGCAGCACCACUAGAGGGCGCCGUUCUCUCUGUGUGAGAGUAGACUGUGAUGAUGUAAACCCCUACAGUUCAGUCAGAAGAGCUUGUUUUAUUGUGAAAGGUAAAGCGUCGGGACUUCCUCUGACAGUGUUCAUGAACAAGGAUGACACAAGCGUUUUAAAUAUAGGGAUGGGUUUUUAUGCUUGAUUUUACUGGACUUUUUCCUUUUCAUACCACUUUUGACUCUUUAACCAUGUACUGUACCUCAGUAGGGAUGUCAUAAUAGGAUCAACUCCUGAUACCAUAAAUAUCACCACUGUGUGAUUUUAGAUCAAAAAAUCUUUUUCUGUUUUUGUUAAACUAUUUUAUGAACAAAAAUGAGAUUGAAGUCACCAAAGAGUGUGAUUCCUGUGUGUCAGCUCUGAGUUUUUACUCUGUUUGAUGCUCUUCUGUAGUGGAACAGCAGAGGCUCAGGCCUCGUACACAUGCAGGCAGGUGUUUUUAAAAACAGAGGUUUUUCUCCUCCACUUUCAAAGAUAAUCCCAGCCACAGGAAAGUCAUUAUCAAAAAUAUCUCCAUCCACAUUAAAACCCAGAGAUGCAACUUAACAGCCUGUAAAGACCAAACCGUGUCAGCAGUACUCCGUCCCUCACUGUGACAGUGAAACAGCUCACUAAAACACCGACCACACCCUCAACAUCACAACAUUUCCUCUAUGGUGCUCUGUAGGGACCAUUUCAUUUAGAAGAAGCUAUUCCCCCAACCACAGCCAGGCCUUUGGAAUGUUUAAUGACAUUUAAAGGAUGACGUCAUCAUCAGAGACAUGGCCGGAAUGUUUUAAUAGCUUUGAAGGAUGACGUCAUCAUCAAAGACAUGGCCGGAAUGUUUUAAUAGCUUUGAAGGAUGACGUCAUCAUCAAAGACAUGGCUGGAAUGUUUUUAAAGCUUUGAAGGAUGACGUCAUCAUCAAAGACAUGGCUGGAAUGUUUUAAAAGCUUUGAAGGAUGAUGUCAUCAUCAAAGACAAGACCUGAAUGUUUUAAUAGCUUUGAAGGAUGACGUCAUCAUCAAACACAUGGCCGGGAUGAUUUUAAAGCUUUGAAGGAUUACGUCAUCAUCAAAGACAUGGCUAGAAUGUUUUAAUAGCUUUGAAGGAUGACGUCAUCAUCAAACACAUGGCCGGGAUGAUUUUAAAGCUUUGAAGGAUUACGUCAUCAUCAAAGACAUGGCUAGAAUGUUUUAAAAGCUUUGAAGGAUGAUGUCAUCAUCAAAGACACGGCCAGAAUUUUUUAAUAGCUUUGAAGGAUGAUGUCAUCAUCAAAGACAUGGCCGGGAUGAUUUUAAAGCUUUGAAGGAUUACGUCAUCAUCAAAGACAUGGCUAGAAUGUUUUAAAAGCUUUGAAGGAUUACGUCAUCAUCAAAGACAUGGCUGGAAUGUUUUAAAAGCUUUGAAGGAUGACGUCAUCAUCAAAGACACGGCUAGAAUGUUUUAAAAGCUUUGAAGGAUGACGUCAUCAUCAAAGACACGGCUGGAAUGUUUUAAAAGCUUUGAAGGAUUACGUCAUCAUCAAAGACACGGCUGGAAUGUUUUAAAAGCUUUGAAGGAUGACGUCAUCAUCAAAGACAUGGCUAGAAUGUUUUAAAAGCUUUGAAGGAUGACGUCAUCAUCAAAGACACGGCUGGAAUGUUUUAAAAGCUUUGAAGGAUGAUGUCAUCAUCAAAGACAUGGCUGGAACGUUUUAAUAGCUUUGAAUGAUGAUGUCAUCAUCAAAGACAUGGCUACAAUAUUUUAAAAGCUUUGAAGGAUGACAUCAUCAAAGACAUGGCUGGAAUGUUUUAAAAGCUUUGAAGGAUGACGUCAUCAUCAAAGACAUGGCUGGAAUGUUUUAAAGCUUUGAAGGAUGACGUCAUCAUCAAAGACAUGGCUGGAAUGUUUUAAAAGCUUUGAAGGAUUACGUCAUCAUCAAAGACAUGGCUAGAAUGUUUUAAAAGCUUUGAAGUAUGACGUCAUCAUUAAAGACAAGACCGGAAUGUUUUAAAAGCUUUGAAGGAUGACGUCAUCAUCAAAGACAUGGCUGGAAUGUUUUAAAAGCUUUGAAGGAUGAUGUCAUCAUCAAAGACACGGCCAGAAUUUUUUAAUAGCUUUGAAGGAUGAUGUCAUCAUCAAAGACACGGCCAGAAUUUUUUAAUAGCUUUGAAGGAUGAUGUCAUCAUCAAAGACAUGGCCGGGAUGAUUUUAAAGCUUUGAAGGAUUACGUCAUCAUCAAAGACAUGGCUAGAAUGUUUUAAAAGCUUUGAAGGAUGACGUCAUCAUCAAAGGCAUGGCUAGAAUGUUUUAAAAGCUUUGAAGGAUGACGUCAUCAUCAAAGACAUGGCUAGAAUGUUUUAAAAGCUUUGAAGGAUGA